AUGUUAAAUUAUCCCAACUCUGAGAUGAUUUUUAAUGCUUCGCAACAGACCCUAAGCUAUAGUUCACUUUACGGCAACGAUACCACCAUCAGUUUCAGCGAUUUAAAUGACAUUGUCGCAACGAGACAAUCGGAAUCCAUCAUUUCAGGCGCUCGUCUCUCAGCUGCGGGACUUGCCUUAAUAAUUCUUUGGAUGGUAUCUCAAAGAAGAACGACACCCAUAUUCAUUGCUAAUCAGGUCUCUCUAACUUUGAUGGUCAUCCAAUCUAGUCUGUUAAUUGCUUACUCGUACACCCAUUACUCUUCUAUCACUUUUACGCUCACAAUGUUCCCACAAUACGUCCCACGUUCCGAUCUCUACUUCUUCGGGGCCUCAAACAUAUUUCAGGCGCUGCUUGUCGCUGCUGUCGAGGUCUCGCUCGUUCUCCAGGUGAGAGUUGUUUUCAAAUGCGACAACUUCAAAAAUGCGGGUAGAGCGCUGACAGCCAUGUCGGCUGCCUUAGCUGGUGCAACUACUGGAAUGUUCUUUGCUACUGCGAUUCAAUCAACGAUAGCGGCCCACGAAAACGUUUCAUCAGUACCUCCUACCAUCCUUUACAAUGCGGCAGUCAUUUUAAUGGCUUGUUCUGUCAAUUUCAUGACACUUUUGUUAGCUAUCAAGUUGAUUCUCGCAAUAAGAUCGAGAAGGUUUUUGGGUUUGAAGCAAUUUGACAGUCUACACAUUCUGCUCAUUAUGGCUUUUCAAACCUUAGUGUUUCCCUCUAUUUUAUUCAUCCUGUCGUAUUCUUUGAAUGGUAAAUCUGGCACGGGUGAUCUCGAAGCCAUAGCCAUAUUAUUGGUGACGCUGUCUUUACCUCUUUCUUCGAUGUGGGCAACCUCUGCAAACAACUCCAACAAACCAACGUCAGUGAACACUCAAUUCUCUCCUCGCCCAUAUACUUCCAGCAGUUACGGCUCAGAGGACAUGACCGUGUAUUCGAGAAAUAUGAAUUCUUGCUCCUCUGGAAGCGAGAAGAAUAAACUUUACGACUUAUAUCCAGUUGAAGGAAAGGGAAAUCACUGUGGAAAUUCAGCUGGAGACGGUUAUUUGGGCAAAGAUAAUUAUGACUACUCUGCACAAUCCAUUGGCAGCGCGCAGAAUAGCUCGAUGACAGAAAACGAAACCCGAAAUCAUUUGAAUCCCUCACGUUAUGGCAUCUCUGAUAAUUUGAGAGACAUGAAUAUAGCCUCGAAUGCCACGGUCAAGACACCCGAUACGCUCGACGACGAAGAGGCGAGAAAGUUUUGGUCCUUGGCGGAAAAUUGA